UGGCAGACCCUAGUGCGAAGGAGGCUGCAGGUACUGAUCAUCAUCUCUCCAAGAGCGUGCAAGAAAUGUCCAUCAAUGGCAACGAACCUCCGCAAGAGUACACCGUCAAAGAUGGCAAUUUUGGCUCCAUAGAGUCUUCUCCACCGUUGGGUUCAAUUCCGAUAAUCAACAUCAGCUUAUUCCUCCCUUCUUCAUCACACGAUCCUAAACAAGUAGAGAAGGAGCUCCAGAAACUGAGAUCAGCUCUAAGCUCGUCAGCAGGAUGCUUCCAGGCAAUAGGUCAUGGAAUUUCAAGCUCAUUUCUUGACAAAGUCCGUGGAGUUGCAAAACAAUUCUUCGCACUUCCAGUGGAAGAGAAGGAGAAGUACUCCCGAGUAGUUAAUGAAUCUGAAGGAUAUGGGAGUGAUAGAAUAGUGUCAAAAAAGCAAGUUCUUGACUGGUCCUAUCGCCUAACUCUAAGGGUUUUUCCAGAAGAUCAAAGAAGGCUUAAUCUUUGGCCGAAAAAUCCAAAUGAUUUUGGAGAGACGUUGCAUGAAUAUGCAACGAAGACUAAAUCUAUGGUGGAUCUUCUGUAUAAGGCCAUGGCAAAGUCAUUGGAGUUGGAAGAGGAAAGCUUCUCGAAGCAAUUUGGAGAGAAUGCAAUGAUGCAAGCCAGGUUUAACUUCUAUCCACCUUGCUGUAGGCCUGAUCUGGUUCUUGGCGUCAAGCCUCACACAGAUAGGUCAAGAGUUACAGUUCUCUUGCAAGAUGAAGAAGUAGAAGGUCUUCAAGUGUUCGUUGAAGACAGAUGGGUUAGAGUUCCCAUACUUCCUCAUGCUCUCCUCGUAAAUCUCGGUGACCAAAUGCAGAUAAUGAGCAACGGGAUAUUCAAGAGUCCUAUGCACAGGGUUGUGACAAACACAGAAAGAAUGAGAAUGUCAGUAGCUAUGUUCAAUGAGCCGCAACCGGAGAGAGAGAUUGGGCCGGUGGAGAGCUUGAUAGAUGAGAAGAGACCAAGAUUAUAUCGAAAUGUUCACAAUUAUGGAGCUAUCAACUAUGACUGCUUUCAGAAAGGGAAGAUUGCACUUGAAACAGUCCAAAUUUAAGUUUAAUUUCGAACUUAAUUUAUCUCCCGUGGCUUGUAUGUAAAAGAUGAUGGAUUAAGCCAUGCAUGAAGAUAAGGCCAAACUCACGUUGGAUGUGAAAGUAUUGAAUAAAUUAUUAAAUUUACUAAUUUUUAUCAGUUUAAA